CCUGCCUGCCCGCACUGCAGCUUUUACGCAUCCUUUCGCCUCCCCACGGACCCACGCGGGCAUCAACCUCCGUCACGACCAGGUAUGCAGCGUGAAGCGUGGUAGGAAGAGACAGACAGAGAGAGAGAGAGAGAGAGAGAGAGAGAGAGAGGAAGAAGCGUGAAUUUGCAGAGUGUGGAGCGCCAGUGGAGAGAAAGGCAUUGCACAACGUGGACAUGUUUAUAACGGAGAACAUGCAAUAAGUCAUCGCGGCUUUCCACGCAAGAGUGCUCACUCUGUGAACUUCGCCCACUGUGGGCUCGACGAUGGCUGCUGCUUCUCUCGGGGAAGUUGGAGGCGUCCUGAACGGCAUUGGUGAUGGGAUCGCUCACGUCGGAUCCCAUUUCGUCCUGACCCCACUCGUGGACGGUCCCACCCUGCUGGGGGAGCACCUCAUACCCGGAGACAGACUGUCCCGCAGCACCACCGCGGAUUUAACGCACCUCAAAGGGAUCCUGAGAAGGAGGCAACUGUACUGCAGGACCGGCUUCCAUCUGGAGAUACUUCCGGAUGGCACCGUGCAAGGAACCAGAAAGGACCACAGUCGUUUCGGUAUUUUGGAAUUCAUAAGCCUUGCUGUUGGCUUAAUAAGCAUUCGUGGGGUGGACAGUGGACUUUAUCUGGGGAUGAACGAUAAAGGAGAGCUCUAUGGCUCUGAGAAGCUGACAGCCGAAUGCGUCUUCAGGGAGCAGUUUGAGGAGAACUGGUACAACACAUACUCGUCCAACCUCUACAAACACGGAGACAAAGGGACUCGUUACUUUGUGGCUUUAAACAAAGACGGGACACCGAGAGAUGGGACUAAAUCCAGGCGGCAUCAGAAAUUCACACACUUCCUGCCCAGGCCCGUCGACCCCGAUCGCGUGCCAGAGCUGUACAGGGACAUCCUGGGCCACAGCUGAGACCCGCCAAGGUCCGGGGUGCGGAUCGCUGCUGCCACCCUCACAGGAUGGACACAGGCGGUGCAGGCUGCCCAACCGGCAGGGAUAAAGGCACCGGGGCCCCUUCUAGGAAUGCACGGGCAUCUCUCAGCGGCCGCAGACAGGCUAGACUGUUUGACUCUGUCAGUCUGCACGCUCGCCAUGAGGGGUUCGUUUGUCUGAGUGGACGGAAGAGUCUCAAAGUACCUGCGUGGAAUAGGAGACCAAAGGGAAGCGGCCUUCUUUUUCCGAUGAGUCCGUGGGAACGUGUUUGUUGGGGUGUUUAUUUGGUCUCUUCCAAACGACUUUGAAGGAAGUCACUGACUUUUUUUUCUUCAAGAAGAGCAAAAGUGUAACGCUUUAUUUAUUCCUUUUAGAUACAUAUAUUUAUGUUAUAUAUUUAUUUAUUUCAGAAUAUAUUUUUACAUUUAGAUACAUGCAAUAUAGGGAAACCACUAGAAACUGUAUGAAUGAUGUAAAGCGGUGGUGUCCAAAGUGUCACAAAGAACUAAAAUGCCACAAAAAAUUGAAAAAACAGAGAAAAAAACACAAUGUUGACACUAAUAAGUCAUAACACAAAGCUUUGUCUUCAUAUCUAAAUACAUCAAAGUGGGCCUCACAUCCUUUAAUUGGCUCUAAAAGGCUUGGACACCACUGAUGUAAAGACUGAAACACUGUACUAUUCUGUCGUUUAUUCCGAGGAAAGCUCGCCACUACUGUACCGCCACCGAUACUGUACAUCGGCGACAUUUGUAACUCCCGUUUUUCAUCACGCGUUCCGGCCAGGUGUCAUAAACCGGAAGAGAAAUUAUUCAUGUCAAACAAUAAAUGACGAUAU